GUAAAAAUGUAAAAUAAAGUUCGAUUGAUUGAAACAAAUAAUAGUCAGGGUAUGUUGUAGGUUCCAGAACAUUUAAUAGGUCAGGUCUCCAAAAUUUUAAAAGAUUAGUUUGGAUUUUAAAUAGAAGAGAGAGAAAGUGCCAAAAAAGAUUAAAGACAUUAAAUUUUUAAAAAAUAAUUGAACUUACUCCUUUCAUAGAUAAUGUGUAGCUUCAAAAAUUACUGCAAAAUUAAUUAAUAUAAUAACAUAAAAUAAGAGCUAGAAAAUAUAUAAUAGACAAAAUAAUUUUCUAAAAAGUUCAGUUUACACAACUUACAUCAAUUACUUUAUGAAAAUUAACUUCAUUUAGAGUUUAGAGACAAAUUCGAAUACUAUCUAAGUAGCGGCUUAGCAGAAAAAGAUCUUAAUGAAUGUAAAAAAAUAACAGAGGAUUUAAAAAAAUAAACAAAAAAAAUAAUAAGUUAACUUUUAUUAGAAGUUUUAAAAAAUAAUAAAAAUACAAGUAUUUUUAAGCAUCAGUUUAAUAGAAAAUGAAUAGCC